AUGUUGCGGUGUUGUGGCCGAUUGCACGUUGUGUUGCUGCGGGAGCGGUGGGCCUUGACUGUUUUACAGACAGGCGUUGCAGUGCGGCUGCAUGGCGCACCGACCGCCCCGCCAUGCGAGUGCCACGCCCAACGCCAUUGGGACUGCGGGACGAAACAGCCGCGACUGUCCUUUGGAGCCAGCGAAAUCUGCUGGCCGCAGUUGGGCGGUGCGAGUGGGAUGCUUCAUCGCACGGGUGUUGUGAUGGCACCUCGCCGUGGCAUCCCCGGCGAUGGUUCCGACGCUGCAGCACGGAGAGGAGUGGAGGGAACGCGGCGACCAGAGUGGACCAUGAGCAGCACCGUAGAGGACGUUCUGCUGGAGGGAGACACUCUCAGCACCGACAUGAAGCUGAACGAUUUUCUUCGGAAUUAUGUUGGCGGCAGGGCGGUCGUUGGUAAAGACCACAACGUGACGAUGCAGGUGUUUGUUCAGGAGCCGGGUGCUUACGUAAAAAAACAGCAGCUUCUUAGAAUUAUUUUUAAUUUAACAGAGUACCAAGAGCUGGAGGCCAUUACUAAACUUCAUCACAAGGGUGUGUUCUCUCUCGAGCAAUGGAGGGACUAUGAAGGAAAGGACACAGUCACUCUUAUUGCAAGGGGAAAACUAAACGCAGCCCUCACUCAGAUACUGACAGAACGGCGUGAGGCAGAAAUGAAAUUUACCCUUUCCACUACGAUCGAAGAUGUACUGUUUAAAGGAAGAGUCCGCGUCAAUGAAAUGAAGCUGAACGAAUUUCUUACGAGGGAGCUGGGCGGCAGGGGCGUUGUGGACACCAAUCGGAAUGUUUUGCUGAAGGAGUUUUUCAAGAACCCCAAUAAGUAUAUCCGUGAUAAGGGAGCACUGAAAGAAAUACAGAUAACCGAUGCUUAUGCGAGGAUGAAGAGGGCUGUAAAGGGUGAAGUGAUCUUCGACGAGGAUAUACGCAAGCUUUACAAAAAUGGUUUCAACAAUCUACUUGGGUGGUCAGAAGCUGCUGCAAACGUAAAAAAAAGUGUUCAUAAACUCACUAAACACUCCUUGGAUUCAGCCCUUCAGGAAGCGAGGAACCGAAUGACGACGAUUGAAGCGAUGAAAAUGGAGGGAUUGUACGAGUCUGUGUACAAUGCGAGUUGGCACCAUGUGGUGGAAAUUCCCGACGGCGAUAAGCGAAAGAAAACGGGGACGGGAAUGGAGGCGAAGGAGGGGAAACCGAAACAGUCAUGGACGUACAAGAAAGCUGGCAACACUCUCGAAAAGAAUGACGGUGUGCGGAAAUCCGGUGAAGCACCUCCCAGGCUGAUGGUGCUCACCUCGGAAAAGGGAUGGCCGUACACGCUGAAUGUGCUGCGUGGGGCUGGUAAUGACUUCUUUAUUAACUGCGAGGUGGAUCGAGUGUGGCAGAUCAUCAAGGACGAUCUAACCGAGUGGUUCAGCAAUUUUGAUUUGACUCUCAAUUCUUCACCUUUGCCGCGUGUGUUGAUUGGGACGCCCGGGAUCGGGAAGUCGAUGGCUGCCGGCUCGUACCUCCUCUACCAGCUGCUGCACUGCGAUGUGGAGAAACUCCAAGUGGUUGUCCACUGUUUUGGAGAAACGAUGUACGUGUUUGACAAGACCAUCAAGGCGGUGACAAAAUACGUGGGUAACAAAACAUCGAAGAGUGUUUUGGAUGGUUUGAGGCAGCGUGGGAUGAAGGGGUAUAUUAUUUACGAUGUGGCAAAGAAAGGAACUCCGCCCGACACAGGUUUUGCGCCCUCCACCGGAUGGGGCAUGAUUGUGGUGUCAUCGCCAAAGGUAAGCAACUAUGAUGAGUGGGAGAAGCAAACAAAAGCCAGUCGAAUCAUCAUGAAUUGCCCCGAAGAGAUGGAUGUGAAGGCGAUGUGUGCAUGGAUGAAGCGGGGUCUGGAACCAUAUAAGCAAGCGGAAUACUGGAAGAAGGUCAAAGAACGCAUGGAGAAUGUGGGGCCGAUUCUACGUUACAUCUUUGAUGAGAAAAUUUAUAUUGUUCGCUUGGGUGCCGUUAAUGGUGCCUUGCUAGCAAUCAAAGAUACUGAUGUUGGAAAGUACUUUUCCAUGGGAGGAGAGGAAAAAUGGUAUUCCGAGGAUCCGUCUCACAAACUUGUGAAGAUUGUCCGGGAAAGAACAGAUGAAGGUGCUGAGGUAUUUCUGAACGCAUCGAUAUGUGAUGAUAUCGGGUUUCGAACUGCGGACCGUUUGGCAAAGGCAAUGAAUACGAAGGAUCUUUUGUUGCUAAUAUUGAGAUCGCAUGGUGCUCUUGUUUCCCACUUUCUGGAACAAUUAGGUUUGCGCGUAUUCACGCGUGGGGAGUUUGUCAGUGCAUUAGUAAAGGGACUCAAGGAGCUGAGGCCACCAGAACGUAAUAAAGCACAGGAUUCGGUGCUGAAAGUAAACCAUCAAGGGCACCCCACUCGCACCGUUGGAUUAGGGAAACUGGAAAAAGGUGUCACGAGGAUUCCGAUGGAGUACGGGGUGCUGUACAUACCGGCGGCCCGAAACUUUCCGCUGGUGGACGGCUUUUUCUUUGUUGAUUCGCCGCGGAAGACGCUGGUUGGGCUGCAGAUGACUACGGCGGGUGAGCACCACACCAUACCCAGCACCGUGAGGCUGUUCAAAAAUAAUAUGGCGGCAUAUUUUAAGGGCUGGAAGAAAUUAUCCCGAGACAUGUCGUGGGAGAUGAUUUAUGUGCAGCGCGCAGACAGCAAAAAGAUUAAAAAAUGGCAGAGAUGUGGUCCCGUCAAUACCAAAAAUUUGAGCGACGCUGAAAAAGAGAUUGUGGCGUUCUGGAACGGAAACGUACACGAAUACCAGUUUGUGUUGACAACUGAUCUUGUAAAUAAAAUCCGAGCAAAGUGA